GACAGAAUACUUUAACAAUAAUUAAUAAUAUAUAUAGAUAAAUAAAUAUUUUUCAUACACACAAAUGUAAAUAAUUAAAGACAGCGGUGGGAAGUAACUAAGUACUACUUUUAAUCAAGUAUUGUAAGUUCUUAGGUAUUUGUACUUUACUCGAGCAUUUAAAUAUUUUUUGCUACUUUUUUACUCCAUUUUAUUCAUGCGACAGCUGAUAUUCAUCUUUAGAUCCGCAGAAAACUGAACAGAGUUAUAUUUAUAAUAAUUAUAAAUUUAAAUGUACUUUGUACUGUGUAACUCCACUACAGAGAGGUUCAGUACGAAUAUCAUAAUAAUAAUAAAGAUGAUAAUAAUAGUAAUAAUAAUAUAUUCAAUUGAUACAGCGCUUUUCUAGACACUCAAAGACGCUUAACAGAAAAUAAAUAGAGAAAAUUAAAAAUAAUUAAAUAGAAAUAUACUGGCUAAUGAUCUCUCGCCAUCGCUGGUUUCAGAAAUAUCUUUCUGAUCACACCCAAACUGCAGUUCUGUCAGAAUCUCAGAUCAUCUUCAGCUCAGAGAGAAAGCUUUAAAGUAUAAAAAGUAUCUCCACUCUCCCAUAAACAGAAUAAUAUAAUAUGAUAGAAUGAUUUGACAGCGAAAUGAGACAUUCUGCAUCAUAGGAAUGUUCCGUUUCGAUGCUUUAGGUAGAUGUCUGUGUUAGUUUUCUGGUUUCUGUUUUUCCGCUCAGAGUGAGAUAUCUCUCCGUCCUUUCUCUGUUUAAGAUCUCUGCUCCGGACCGGAAGCCCGCCGGAAGUGCGUUGUUUUGUUUCGUUGUCAGCAACAGUUGCUGUUUGCAGAUUUUUGUCGCUUUGACUUAAAAUUUUCUGUGUUUUUCUCUUUCUGUCGCGCCUUUCUGUUUCUGACGGAACAUUUUAACUUAACGAGCGUGACUUUCCCGCCGUGUGUUCGGAGUUUCAGCGAGUUUUACCGCCGGAAGACGCAUCGGAGCGGGAACUUUAAACAUGCUAACAGCUAGCAGCCUGCGGCUAGCAGCUAGUGGCUAACAGCGACAGAACGUUAACAAAAUUAAUAUCGUCAUGCAGGAAUAUCCUCUCAGUCCGGAUCAGUCCGCCUGCAGUUCAGACACCGGGGACGUUUUGAUCCGGUCCACUCGGGUUCUCCUCCAGGACCGGAGAUUCGGACCCGGGCCGGUCCAGAUCACCGUCCAGAAGCUGCGUCCGCCUCCCGCCCAGCCUCCUCUGGCCGGGCAGCAGCAGCGGAGCUCCGGGGCAGAGAAACAGCGGCCGAAGCCCCGACAGAAGCCGGACAGCGCAGCUCCUCAGCGGGCAGCAGGACGAGGUCCACCCGACAGGCUGAAGGAGAACAGAGAGCCUGGAGGAUUAGUGAGCUGCUUCACUCCUUCGCUUUCAACCGAGACGACUCCCAACAGGAACUUCUCUGCUGGGACGCACGGCGAGCAUCAGCCAGGUCCUGACCUCCUGACAUGGCGGUUUGCAGCCGGAGGUCACGGCGCAGUGCUCGCUGCUCUGAAACAACGGUCUCACAGCGCCCCUCACAGGAGGGAGGUCAGAGUGCAGCUGCUGGACCCAGGACCCCUUCAGACCGGCUCCCAGCCCAAUCCUGCUCCUGGUCCAGGUCCUGGUCCUCAGACCGGCUCCCAGCAAGCAGUGGGUGUGGCGGGGGUCCAGACGGACGCCAGCAGCGAGCCAGCAGCUGCAGCCACCACCGUUGCUGCUGCUCCAAUCAUCAAGGCUCAGUCAGAUCUAGAGGUUUGUGUGUCUCAGCUGACUGAAGGAGUUCAGAAGCUGCUGCAGGCUGACAGGGAAGGCGUGGACAGGGGGUGUGGUCUGAGUCAGCAGAGGCUGCAGCAGCUGGAGACGCUGCAGAGCCAACAGCUGCAGCUGCAGAGCCAGCUGAUGGAGUCGGCCUUCAGGAUGGUGUCAGGCCACGCCCCCCUGAUGUCUGACCUCACAGCUGCAGGUCACACAGCCUGUCUGCAGGUCACUCACCUGGGCGCUGCAGAAAACGUUUUCAGCUGCCCAUCACCCGCUGCCAUGGAGACCGGCCCUGUUUCUAUGGCAACACCCCGCCAUGACCGUCGGCCGGAGCGAACCAGAGGCGAGUCGUAUAGGAGAGGUGCUCCCAGUGUUUCCACUGCAACCUGGCCAGCUGCAGAGAGUUACCUGCGCUCUUCAGCCAAUCACAGUCAGGCAGCAGCGAGGAGAGCCAAUGAGGCGGUGCUGAAGCAACAAGACUCUCAGAAAACCUCCAGACCAGAUCCAGACCCUCAGCAGGCCCACCAGAACCAGCACCAGCCCCAUCAGAACCAGUCCCAUCAGAACCAGUCCCAUCCAGACCUCCACCAGGACCACCACCAGUCCCAUCAGAACCACCAACAGUCCCAUCAGAACCAGUCCUAUCAGAAGCUGUCCCAUACAGACCACCACCAAUCCCACCAAAACCAGUCCCUUACAGACCACCACCAGUCCUACCAAAACCAGUCCCAUCAGAACCACCCUCAGUCCCAGCUCCCCCAGUGGUCCCAGUCCAUUCUGGUCCAGAGGCCUGUGGUUUCGUCCAUGCUGGAGGAGGCAGGUCGGGUUCUCCGUCAGGUUCAGAGACAGAAGAAGGUUCUGGAGGAAAACCUGGAGUCUCUCCUGAGAGCCAGAACCGGAGAGGUCCUGCACUGCCAGCUGGACGCGCUGGCUGCUAACAGGGACUGUACGGAAAAGGUUCGGAUCAAGAGGACGGUGGACGCCUGGAUCAGCACUCUGACCAGAGAUGUCGAGGUUGAGAUGUCCUCCGAGGACGGCGCUAUGACAUCACAGAGGGCUGCUGGGAGCUCCGCUCACACAGGUAGAGGCCGGCCAGUGAGCGCGUUCAGAGGAACAGGAAGUAAACCUGCAGCAGGGAGAGGAAGCAGAGGACAAACAUCUGCAGACAGACCGGGGGCGGAGCCUGGGUUGAUGGAGGCGGGCGGGGAGUCGUACCUGACUCAUCUGUACGGCAGAGCGCCGUACGACGGCCUGAGGAGAACCCUGAAGAAGAGUCCGUACCUUAGCUUCAGCUCACCUGCCUCUCCUCCUGGCAAGAAGCACCGCCCCCGGCUUGUGGAGAGUGUCACAGGUGUGAAGCUCAAGUCCUGUAAGACUCAGACCUGUUUGGCUCCGCCCCUCACCCAGCAUGAUGUCACCAGCCCCGCCCACCUGACCCCAGGUGACCAGGCUGACCUCUCAGUGACCCCUGCAGGCUCCGUUCCCAUGGCGAUCCCACUGGGUCGUCCCCGAGUUAACUCUUCGUCUUCCAGGCGUCUCGCUGAGCGUCAGCAGGAAGUGACAUCACCACCCACAGCACCUCCCACCUCCAGUGCGGUUGCCGUGGACGACAGAACACCUGAGCUGCAGUCACAGGAGGCGGAGCAGCUGGACGCAGGUGGACCUCCUCCUUCUGUUGACAUCAUCAAGACAAAACAUGACGAAGAAGAAAAAGAUGAUGUUUUCCCCGGAACUGAUUUCCUAUCUGUUGCUAAUGUCAUCCAGCAGGAGGAAGUGAGUGCUGUGGGGGAGGAGGUGCUGGAGCUGGAUGGAGGUCCAUCUCCUCCUCCAGUCCUGUAUCAGGGUCCAGUCUUCCCUCCCCAGGCCCCCUCUGCCCUCCCUGCCCAGGAUCAGGCCUCCGUCCUGGGCCUCAACCUGCAGAGACACGCCCUGGAGUACCGCAUGGUGGAAUGGGUAGAGCAGCAUCUGAUGUCCAGGAUGAUCUCAGAGAUGUACCACCCCCCUCCUUCUGACCCCGCCCAGAACCACUCCAACGACCAAUCAGAGUGCGAGCAGCAGAGCACUGCCUCAGACAUCGUGGAGGCAGCAGGAGCAGCAGGUCUGCAGCUAUUCGUGGAGUCCAACAUGUCGGUGGACUCGGCUCUGAUCCGACAGCUGGUUCAUGAGGUUCUGACAGAGGAAGUGGCUCUGAUGCUGGGACAGAGGGAUCCAGGACCAGGACCAGGACCAAGACCAGGAGCCCCUCAGGAGGAUGAACUGGUUCUGCUCGUUUCGACACCAGAACCCACCCCUCCACCCAGCCCCGCCUCUCCAGAAGAGACCCCGCCCCUGGUCACGCCCCCUCCCUCUGAACCAAUCAGCCUGCUGACUGACCAGUCUCCUCAGCCAAACACAGCUCCAGAGCCUGUAGCCACGCCCCCCUCCAGCCCAGACCCCGCCCCAUCAGCAGGUAGUCCUCCUGCUGUCCAUCAGGCCCCUCCGAGCUGGGGAGACGCCGAGCUGCCAUUGGACGAGGAGAGACCGGAGGAACAGCAGGACACAUGUCCACAGCAGCUGGUGAUGUCAGUGGCGGAGGAGGAGCCUCCUCUCUCCUCCCCCCUCCCUCCCCACUCCACCCCUCCUGGUCCUGGUCCUGGUCCUGGUCCUGGUCCUGGACCCGGUCCUGGUCUGUCCCCCUCAGAGUCCUCAGAGUCCAGCAGCAGCUCCACCGUGACGUUAGAGACUGAAGCAGCUGUAAGACACAUCUCAGAGGGAGAGCUGCUGGUCACUGUCAGCCAGCACGCCACAAUGACAGAGGAGGACACAGUCUGCAGUUUCUCCAGCUCUCUCCAGGAGAUGGACUUUGACCCCCCCAGUGAAGGACAGGUCAGAGGUCACGAGCUCCUGCUGACUCUGCUGACAAAGAUGGAGCAGAGAGAGAGACAGGGCUCCUGGGGGCGUGGUCAGGAGGAGGAGAUGAGUGUGGGGGAGGUGAGAGACGACCAGACUACUGAUCACAGCAGCAGGAGGAGGAGGCGAAGUCAGACCUCACCUGGACAGAUCUGUGCAGAUGGGGCAGACGCCAGCUUUGAAUCGACCAAUCAGAGCUCGGCUGCUCUGGGCGAGCUGACGGAGGAGCCAGACGGUACGCUGACCUCUGACCACCAGACCUACCCGUCUCUGUGUCCUCCCGUCCCCCAGAACCUCCCACACACAGCAGAGCAGCAGAGAGGAGCCAGGAGAGUGGAGGUCCACUUGCCCUCCAUCAGGCAGCAGGAGGAGGUGAUGGAGGAGCAGGAGGAGGAGGAGAAGGUGGUGGAGGAGGUCAGUGCAGCCGGUAGCGACUCCUCUACCGACGACUUUUUCUAAAAACAAACAUUUGUGUCUCUGACUUCCUGUGACCUUUGACCUCCAGCCUUAAUGUGACGAUGAUGUCAUCAUAACAGACUGUAAAUAAAUUAUUUUAAUAAACUUUUACUUUGAAAUGUU